UCACGAGGGGGCCUUUAGCAGACCGGAAACCGGAAGCGCCGGCAUCUGAGAGGUUGACGUGUUAAAGCGCUCUUUGAGAGUGGAGUCCAGGCUGAGGGACCUGCCACGAUGGAAGCGCUUUAUCACCAGACGAAUAAGCAAGUCCACGAGGUCCAGUCAUACAUGGGCCGCCUAGAAACAACAGACAAGCAGUCAGUUCACUUGGUAGAAAACGAAAUCCAGGCACGAAUUGACAGAAUCUUUAGCAACCUAGAACGACUCGAAAUCUUUUGCAAUAAGGAACCUCCCAGCAAGCGUCAAAAUGCCAAACUCCGAGUUGACCAGUUGAAAUAUGACAUCCAGCAUUUGCAGACUGCAUUGAGGAACUUCCAGCAUCGACGCUACACUCGGGAACAGCAGGAGAGGCAACGCGAGGAGCUUCUGGCUCAGACAUUCACAACUAAUGAUUCUGACACCACCAUUCCGAUUGAUGAAACAUUACAAUUUAAUGAAUCCCUUCAAAAUGCACACCGUGGCAUGGAUGAUCUUCUUGGCAGCGGAAACAGCAUUCUUCAGGGCCUGAGGGAUCAGAGAGUGACACUGAAGGGCACCCACAAGAAAAUCAUGGAUCUUGCCAACAUGUUGGGUUUAUCCAAUACAGUCAUGCGCCUCAUUGAAAAACGUGCCUUCCAGGAUAAGUACUUCAUGAUUGGAGGCAUGCUUGUGACAUGCGUGGUCAUGUUUCUUGUGGUGCAGUACCUGACGUGAGUGGCCGAAGAAUUCCUUGAUGGACUGUAUUGGACUCGCUUUUCUCAUAGACUUUCAAAAUAACUGUGAACUCCCUGACUUCUGGAUUGGUCCUGUUCUCUUGUAUGGUUCAUAUGAUGUUCAAGCUGGGUAGCAUUUGGGGCAUUAUGACGCUUGGCACAGAGUGGGAACCUUUCAGCCCUCCGAAUGAGUGUUAUAUGGAAACCAUGCUGAUCUUGGAACACUCGAAUUUAGUUGACAAUGUGGUAUUGUUUAUAUUAGUGGCACAUAUCCAUGUGGCCACAGCAGGGUAAUCGUCAUAGAGAUCUACAAGGAAAGUAUCUAGAUGUGCUGUCACUGAAAAUGUGGGCUCCAUAAGAAUGCUAAAGCCUUUUUUUUGGGAGCUAGGGUAUGGACAUGAAUACCACAGUCACCUGAGAUGGUGAAACAACUGUGCUUGAGGGAAUUGACUAUUUUGAAUUUAAUUAGUGUCCUCGGAGGUCUUGUUUCCACAGUGGUCAGAUACCUUUGUAGCCUGUGUGCCAAAGAGAUGCUUUCUUCUUCUUGUAAACACAGGUUCUGUUCCUGCCUUUUAUCUGGCAUAGGCAUAUCAUGAAAGCUUGAAGUAAUCCAGUGAAGACAUUUGGUCUCAAAGAGAUAACAGUAAACAAUGUGCUGAGGAUUCUUAGUGUGACUGCUAGCUAUACUGCACCCUAAGUGCCAGGUUCUAGUUUUGAGUACUUUAUCAAGUGGGAAAAGGCUUGGGGAUAGGUAUAGGCUGGGAAGUUGUGUGAGAGGCCCAAAAACAUGUGCCCCAUUGGAAUAUCGUAUUUGCAAAGAUUCCUGUGAAAUGUUAUGAUAAAAACAUUGUAAUCUGGAGCCCUAGUUCUCAGUACAGAGAUAGUAUUAUGGCCACCAGUAGAUCUGGCAUCUUGCAGAGUAAUGCAGUCGAUGAGAAUCCCCAUGUUUGUAGGGGAGAUUUUGUGUACCCUUGUCCUCAUGGAUACACAGAGGAGAAGCAUAAGAAAGAGGAAGAUGGUGUGUAAACUGUCAGAACCCGGAGGAAUCCAUGCAGCUAUGCUCAAGUUUGAAUCUAGUUGGCAUAAUCCAGUGGUUUUCAACCUGGGGUCCCUAGAUGUUUUUGGCCUACAACUCCCAGAAAUCCCAGCCAGUUUACCAGUCAGACCUAGUGGCAAAGUUAGUUGCAAGUUUCCUGAUAGCACACUGUACCUCAAAGUCCCAUUUAAUUGCUGUGUCAAGGCUGUAGUUCAGAGCCUUCCCAAAAGCAUUAGUAUGAAGCAGUGGCUUUCUGACUUGUGCCGAAAUACACAUCCUAGUGUCACGUGCAAGUUGCUAUCUGAGCCUGUUCCUUUAUAAUUCCUUAUUUGAUUCUUUCUCCAUUCAUACUGAUAUGACUAAUGCUUCAGUUGGUUUAAGCAGAUUAAACCCAUUUCAAAAAUAGGCAAGGUAAACAUUAAACGUAGCAAUUGUGGUUGCGCUCUGUUUCUUUUUUCCCUCUAGCAUUUCCAGCUCCUACUUUCAUCUCUAGAUUGAAGUGCAUUUUCCUUCUUUUGUAGGAUUAAAUACAGUAUUUAAAGUGGCAGUGGCAGGAGUAAUUGAACUGCAAUCCCCAGCAUCCCUCAUGUUUGGCUAUCCUGGUUAGAAAUACUGUCUAGCAACAGGAGGGCUGGACAGCUCCCACAUCUAAUUUCAUAGAAGAGCAGUAGUUGAGGUUUUUUCCUAUGUUCUUUUUAGCACAUAGCUCCAGAGAUGUGACUGUGUCUAGGUUUCUAGGUUUAUGGGGAAAACCCACUAUGAUGAAAAAGCGUACAACAUGAGCUGGACUUGAGAGAGUCCAUGAACCCCAUUUAGAUAAUAUUUUGCCAAAUGCAAGCUUCUUUUUCAAAGCACCCACUACCAGGUAGUAUGCUCUCCAGCCACUACUCAUAGAAAUAGGUGAGCAGUGACCACAGGCAGUGUUGCAAAAUGGUUAUGAACAUUCACACUGAUGCAAAAGGAUAGAACUGUGGUUUUUGGGCAAUUUUUCCUCAAGACAAAGUUUCAAACCUUGUGAUGGCAAAGAGUUAGGCUUGUAAUCUAAAUCAAAUGGAAUUUCUUAGGGGUUGAAAGGUGUCUAAAAACCUGAACCACCAUCACUCUUGAUCAAUCUGUGAAACCUACAUUAAAGCAUUUCUUUAGCGGAUAGUCCUGCAGAGUUUGUUACAGGUAAUUCCUGAGCAAACUUCUAUUCAGUGACAGCCAUCUAAUAAAGUAUUAGCAGAUAUUUGACUUUCUUUGUCCCUGUCCCCCCCUCCAAAAGUCCCGUGAUCGGUCAACAGCCAUCACACUAUUGGGGGGAUGGUCUUGGACUUUGUUGGAUUACAGUAUUGAAACUGCAAGAAAUCUUUAAUAAAUGUAUCAGGUCCUUAUUUGAACCUAUUUUAUGUUUAUUUCUGGAAGCCUUAGAAGUUCCUGGAACCAAGAAGACCGAAGUGUAAGAAGGCAAUGCCAAAGGGUUAAUUAUUUCCCCAUCUGGCUCUGUGCCGGUCAUUUUCUAGCCUUAUUGACGCCAUGGAACCAAAGUUUAUCAUACAGACUUUUAGGUUCAGCAGAUUCAGAACAUAAAAGAAGGGGACACCCGUCUCUUAAUGCUAGUUAAACACAGUACAUUGGAGAUAACUCAGCCAAGUUUUAUCUUGCUUUUCUCUUCAAGUGGUUUAUUAGUUGCUACAGUUAGCAAGGGCUGCCCCCUAUAGGUGCUAAAGGCAAACUUUCAUCUUCAAAUCUUCUAGGUUUCCCUCCACACACCUAAAGCAAUUGAAGCAAAGCCUGUGCUAGAACUCCUACCUUUUAUUUACUAACAAGUUAUGUAUACUCGUGGCUCCCUAAAACUGCAAGGGGAUCUAUUGAAAUGAUUUUUGAUGACCAGUAGGAAAAUAUUCCAGUGUACUGCAUUGGAAGAGUAACAAACCAUUAAAAACAACCCAGAAACAAAGCUGCUGUUUACUGAAUUUCUCAAAAAUUGUGUCAUGUCAUUGUCCUUUGUUAAGAUGUUAUGAGAGUUGGAGUAAAUAAAUUUGCCACCCUUGUGGAGGGCAGUGGUGA